AAUUCAACCUUCGCGGAAUCAAACUCCUUAACCACAUGGACAACGUCAAGUUCGACGAGGCUACCCAAAAAGAGCUGGCUACGUUCUUAGAACGAGAACAAGCCCAGGCCCGCAUCAACUCAACCGUGCAUAACCUAACAAGCAUGUGUUGGGACAAAUGUGUCACCGGCACUCCAGGGUCUCGCUUCGCUCGUGGGGAGGAGAGCUGUCUCUUGAAUUGUGUGGACCGCUUCAUGGAUACUAGUCUAUUCAUCAUCAAAACUAUAGAGUCACAACGCCCGCAAUGA